ACAGAUGGGCGCAAGGAUAGGGCACGCACGCAUAUUACAUGACUCCCCCUCUUUACUCCCAUCUAUCUACUCCACUAUUCUACUACUGGUCUACUACCUCCACCACCUUCCCCAUUUUGAAUGUUCAAAUGCUAAAAUUGCCCCCCUCCACCAGUCCCCAACCAAAAAAACCCUCAAAACACCUCUCUCUCUCUCUCUCCCCCGUCCCUUAUAUGUAUGUCGGUAUUCUAAUUGAUCGAGUUAGACCAAAUGGACGGAAUCAGGGAUCAAAGGCACAAUUCCACGACCCCCACAAAUGCAGCUGGAGGAAAUCAACAUAUCUCUAAGGAUAAAGGUAUUUUGAAGAUGACAUCGCCAAAUGUAGUUGCUAGAUUGAUGGGUCUCGAUGUGUUGCCAUCACCUGAGGUUAUUCAUAGACCACAAAAAACACUUGCUGGCAAUAAUAGGCUUAAAAGUUCACCAAGAAGGUCACAAAGUGAUGAUCACCUGUGUGAGGCCCAGUUUUAUCAUCAGAAGGGCUCUGUGGAGCAGCCACAGUUCAAGGACGUGUUCGAAGACACAUCUAAGAAAUCAGGCGCCAGCAAAAACCCAAAAGUUGAGCUUCAUCAGCAAUCUGAUUCCUUAAUUCCAGAGCAUCCUUGUAGGCAUAAAUCUCCUACCAGUUAUCAGAUAUCUGUUUUGAAGCCAUCAAAUCCUGGAAAACAGAAGACCAAGGCUGAGGGAUGGAAAGCCGAGAGGGGAAGUCAAGUGAAGGAUGAUUUUGUCUCUCAGCAGAUACAUGUGGAUGACUUUCUGACGCGCACUUAUGGUAGUCCUGGCUCUCAAAGUUCAGCUAAGUCAUCAAUCAUUCCCGCAGACAGAAAAAGCGAGUCUGACAUCAUCCCUAAAAGGAUUGUCAUUCUAAAGCCAAACUAUGUCAUGGCGCAGAAUGCUUCAAACUCUUUUUUAUCUCCUGAUUCUUCUAACUUUGAUUUCUCUGACUAUAGCAACCAUAAAGAUUAUGCAAGUACUUUGAUGUCGGAAUAUUAUUUUGGAGAUAUGGAAAUUCGUAAAGAUGUAGUGAACUUCAGAAAGCCCAGGUCCAGAAAAGUAACAAAACGAGUCAUGAAAGCUACUAGAGAUAUGAGAGACACUUCUAGUUACAUGAUGAAUAAUAGAGACACUGCUAAUAAAUUUGGUGAAAAUACGGGAGAUGAUAUUGGUGUCGUGAUUAAUAGUAUUCCAUCUUAUGUUCAAGGAAUUGCUGACAUGAGAGACCUUUAUGACUUUUCUGGAAAUGUUUUUGCGAAUGAAUCAGAGGGAAUGAAGUCAACUUCCUGUGAUUUAAGAGAAUCCUUCGUCACUAGCGAGGCAAAGAAGAGAUUGUUGAGGAGGUUGGAAAAGGCACAUAAGUAUAAGGAUGCUAGAGACAAUAGUAAAGAAAGCAUGUUAAGGGAUGUUGGGGUCAAUGGUAAGAAAAUUACACUUGGUGAAAUGCUCUCUACUCGUGAUGCAUAUAGGAAUUUGGAUGUCAAGAUGAGCAGUAUAAAUCGUAGGGAUGGUUGGAAUGACAGUUAUUCCAAACCGUCAUCGAGUUCUAGAUCUGUUCAUCAGCUGCCUGGAAGAACAAGUGAGCAACAGAAUGCAGAUGGCGAAUUCCAUGUUGAUGACAAGUUGCUGAUCCCUAAAAAUGAAACAAAUCAGUAUCGAAGGAAGGGAGCAAAAAGAUAUUACAAGAAGAAAGACAAGUCCACAAUCAAGAACUCAAGGUCCAGCAAGAGUAUAGCACAAUCUGAUCAUCUAAGAUGUGCCUAUAAUUGUGAAUCUUUACUGGAAAGCUGCUCUAGUCAGGUCCCGAUGGAGAUCAACCUCAACAAUAAAGUUUCUCCAGAUGAACAGCUUUUAAUUCCCCGGACGCCUAGUAGUGCUGCUAGUAUUGUGGACGCAGAGAACAUUCAGCAUAGGUCUGGAACCCAGUUUCUUGGAGCUUCUGGUGAAUUGCACCCAGAACUAUCAAUAUGCAUGGAAAAAUAUGAUUAUUUCUUUGUUGCUGAUCAAGAGAAUUCUACUCCACAGCGUACUAAAGCUGAGGCAGAAUCUGCAGAGAGUUCCAAAGAGGCUGAUAAUCCGAGUCCUGUUUCGGUUCUGGAAGUUACUCUUAGAGAAGGUGAUGUAUUAUCAUGUCCUGAGAGCUUUGAUCAAGUCAGCGCUGACCUGCAAGAACUUCAAAAGCAACUUCAGCUACUCAAGAGAGAAUCUACUUCGUAUGCAGGGGAUCCCAUACUUAAUGAUUGUGCUGCUCAGCAAGGACCGGUCACAUCAUUUGAAAAUGUAGGGAUACAUAAACAUGAGUAUUGGGAAUCAACCUACAUAAUUGACGUGCUAACUGAGUCGGGUUUUCAUAAUACCGACACAGACACGAUCCUGUCAACAUGUUAUUCUCCUGAUUGUCCUCUGGGUCCGUGGGUAUUUGACAAUCUAGAGAACAGGCUUUGUAAGGAGGUAACUGGAUUGAAACAUGCAAGGAAACUACUAUUUGAUCGCAUAAAUUUAGCAUUAUCUGAGAUUCCGGGAUCAUUCAUGGAUCCAUUCCCAUGGGUGAGACAAUCAUCAACGGGAAUCGGAUUCAGGUGGCAGAAAUGUGAUAUCAAUGAUAAAUUGCACGAGCUACUUGAAGGUCAGGAAAAGGAUGCAUACGAGGAUGAGCUAGAAAAAUUACUUGACAAGGAAAUGAACUGGGUGGGUUCGAGAGAUUUCGUUGAUGCUAUAGGUAUAGAAAUCGAGAAGGUUCUCACCGACGAACUACUAACCGAGCUUGUAAACGAAGUAGCGUUCCAUUAGAAUUCACCAAGAUAUAGGUAUGUACAUUGACAGAUGGGAUUAUUAUGGACUGUUUAGUCUCAAUUAAGGAAGCCAGGUACAGUUUAUAAUUUUAUAUGCAGUAGCGUCAAAUUUGCCGGGGAAUGUUUUCACCUUUACUAUGAUAAAAUGAUGUGCCGCUCCAGUG